AUUGGUGGCAGCGCAGACACAAGGACAGAUGACCCUAUUGCACUCGGCGCUGCUCCCCUCCAGCACCAGCAUGCCGGCGUCAUUCUCCAUACUUACCCACCGAGUCCCUCUACUGCUAUCCCCACCCUAUCCACUAUUAUGCCUCCCCCUUGGACACGUGCCGCUCUCCUUGUCCGCGCUAAUAGUCUCAUGCGCGGACACAGCGGUGUCCGCUGGGAACUUGUCCAGACAAUGGCAGAGGUCCUUAAUAAGGGUGUUACCCCUGCCGUUCCUGUGAGGGGCAGCGUCAGCGCCAGUGGCGACCUAUCCUCCCUUUCCUACGUUGCUGCAACACUAAUUGGAAACCCCGCUAUCAGGGCUUGGGUUCCCUUGCCUCAUCCGUCUUCAGCCAUACCCAACAAUCACGGAUCGUACGCCCUCCUUCCUGCCCCGCAGGCCUUGCAGGUUGCCGGCAUCACCCCCCUCCCACUCUCGAGCAAGGAGCACUUGGGAAUCCUGAAUGGC